GAGGCACAUCAGGCACCGAGCCACCAGGCAGAGGCAGGCAGCGGGCUGGGCCUCCAGGCAGAGGCAGCAGGCACCGGGCCCCAGGCGGGGCGACAGGCACCGGGGCCCCCAGGCGGGGUGACAGGCACCGGGCCCCCAGGCGGGGCGACAGGCAUCGGGCCCCAGGAGGGUCGACAGGCAUCGGGCCCCCAGGAGGGGCGACAGGCAUCGGGCCCCCAGGCGGAGCAGCGGGCGCCGGACCCCCAGGCGGAGCGACAGGUCUCGGGCCCCCAGGCGGAGCGACAGCUCUCGGGCCCCCAGGAGGCGGAGCAGGCGGGCGGGACCCCCAGGCGGAGCGACAGCUCUCGGGCCCCAGGCGGAGCGGCGGGCGCCGGACCCCCAGGCGGGCGGAGCGACGGGUCUCGGGUCCCCAGGCGGAGCGGCGGGCGCCGGACCCCCAGGCGGAGCGACAGGCACCGAGUCACCAGGCACAACAGUGGGCUC